CAAACUUAAACUAAGUAAUUAUUAUUAUUCUUUGAAGGAGUUAAGCCAAUUAGUUACGACUUACGAACAUACUCCAAAAGUAAGGUGUGUUUUUUUUUUCUCAGUGCCGCCGGAACCCUAAAAUCCUGAUUGUGUUUCUCAGCUUCUUCAUUGAAAUGGAAAUGUCAUGGUUAAGUGCAAUUUUGGUCGGUGCUGGUUAUCUUGCUUUGGGUUUCUUCAUUGGUUCUCACUAUCAUCCUCGUUUCCCUUUAUCUCGCAAAUUUUCAUUAUCUAAAGACAAAGAAGAAGAUGCUUCACUUCUCAAUGAUAAUGAUAACAACAACGGUAAGCACAAGAAGAACACUAAGUCCAAAGUCAAAGACCCACUUGAGAUUGAACAACUCGCUGAUAUUCUCGAUGAUUUUAAGAUGAUACUUGUUGUUAGAAAUGAUCUUAAAAUGGGUAAAGGAAAGAUUGCUGCUCAAUGCAGUCAUGCAACGUUGGGUCUCUACAAAAAGGUUCUUUAUCGAGCUCCAAAGGCUUUAAAUAGGUGGGAGAUGUCUGCACAGCCCAAGGUUGUUGUCAAAAUUGAAAGUGAAGAAGAUAUGCUGGCUUUGCAAGCUAGGGCUAAAUCUCUGAAGUUACCAACUCAUAUCACAAUAGAUGCUGGUAGAACACAGAUUGCACCGAAUUCCAGAACAGUGAUGGCAAUUCUCGGACCUGUUGAAGUGGUAGAUGAGGUAACAGGUGGACUGAAACUUCUAUAGUUUUGUGUCCUGUCAAGGUGGAUUCAUUAUUUACCAUGAGGUUGGGUGUUCAUGACGAACAACACAUCGAAGGAUAUGGACUUAACGUAAUUAGUUCCCCUGUGAAGAUUUGCCUUGUUCUUUGGCCACACAAUUUUAGUUAAUCUUUAGUAGACAGUAAUGAUGAUGAUGAUGAUGACAAUGAAAACUUACUGUUGGAGAUCCUCACUCAAAAACUGGAAUCAUGAGAAUAAUAGAUAAUACAGAAGAGUGCAAUUUAUUUAUUUUAGAUGAAAUGUUCUUGUGUCCAAAAUUUAUGAUCCUAGAGGUACCAUGAUUGGUUUUGGAAUGUAUGUGACUUUUUUCUGGCCGUCUAUAAAAAAAAGUGGAUGUCAGUUGUUUGGCAUGAGAAAAUAUUGAAAGGAAAAAAAAAAAGAAGAAAUUUUCAGGUUGUCAA